UUCAUCCUCGCCUCUGUGCUCAUGCCCUGUGUGAUGGCGCACGGUGAUCAUGGACACGGCGGCUUCAAGCCGUCCGACCCUUCUCUCCCAAUCGAUACGAUGCUGUGGAUGCACAUAAUUUUGCAAGGUGCUGUUUGGCUGGGACUCUUCCCUUUGGCUAUGGUACUGGGCUUGACCAGGUCAAGGUGGCACGUGCCACUCUCCGUUACUUCACUAGUAUUGACAAGCGGCGGCUACAUACUGGGCCGACAACCUCGCGGCAAGACUUCUCGAGGCUUUCCCCACACAGCGCACGGCACCUUCGCAUCGUUCUUGAUCUGGUACAUGCUCCUACAAGCUCUGAUGGGCACAUAUCUCAAAUUGCACCUUCGCUUCGGUGAGAAGCGGAUCAGGCCCGUUAUUGUCCGCAUACACGGGGCCUUUGGCACAGGCUUCACCAUCAUCGGUUUUGUACAGUCCGUCCUUGGCGUCAUCACGCUUCGCAAUUGGUGCUUCGGAGGACACUUGGGCCAGUGUUUGGCACACGGAAUCAUGGGAGGAGCAUUCAUAGGCUAUGGAGUCCUCUUCCUCAUCUUCCUUAAAGCCGGAGCUCUGUGGCUGCGCAGACGAAGAAUAUCUCAGGAGUUCCUAGACAGCUGCGUAAUCACCGCUUGGGGUCUCGUCAACGCUUUCACGGAGCACCACGGCGGACCUUGGACGCACAAAGACUUGCAGCAUACUCUGCUCGGUGUUGUAUGGUUCGCAGCAGGAGCGGCGGGCAUGUGGACCAGCAGAAAUGGGAAGAGAAGUGUGCUACCUGCUGUAGUCAUAAUUCUUACAGGAUGGGCAAUGAGCGGCCAUGCUCAAGCCUUGAUGCUCUCGACCAUGGUGCACGCCCUUUUUGGUUGGACGCUCAUGGCUGCAGGCCUCGCGCGUAUCAUCGAAGUUUGCUUUGUGCUCCGAGACCUACCUAGUGGAGGCGAGCAAGAGCAACAACAGCUCAUCGCUCUCGGACAUCCACCGGGACAAUCAGGCUGGUUCGAAAUCAAGGCGUGGCAAUACUUGCCAAUCUACCUUCUCAUGUCCGCGGGAGUCCUCUUCAUGUCAGCCACGGAUGAGGAGCUGCAUUGGGCAAACGACCAGGGCGUGGACCACAUCACGUGGGGACUGAUCGACUUCUCAAUCGCUAGCAUCUUCUUCCUUUGGGCGAACAUGCUGGUGGACUUGUACACUUCUUCCGGCGGUAAGAGAGGCAUGGCACGCCGUCAUGCUUUGGAGAGC